AACUGGACUACAGCCUGCCUAGUUGCUCGGCGUCGUGCUUUCUUAGUUCGUGGGAAAGCGGCACUUCGCCGCAGCUACAGUGUUCCUUCAGCAGAUCAAUAUGUAAAUCAUCACUUUGACCGAAACUGGCGCAGAAGAUGUCAAGGAAUCCUCUGAUAACCUUCACUUGGCCGUCGACAUCAAUUCGUCUGCCAGGUCCCAUUUGAGCUCGGGCCUGAGCAGGUUCAGAUUUGACUUGUCAAAAUCCGCUGAACCCGACCUGUAUUGCUUAUAGAGUUUUACAAAAGCUGCAGUCCCUAUCUCACAGAGAUAUCCUCUUGGCAUGGGGUUACAAAGAUGAUCUCCAAAAGCUUCGGAGCACUUUGAUCAGCAUUCAAGCACUGCUCUUGGAUGCUGAUGAGAGGCAAACACGAAAUAUCAAGCUGAUCACCUGGCUAGAGCAGCUUAAAGUCAUUCUCUAUGAAAUUGAAGAUGUUCUCGAUGAUAUAGAGGUAGAAAUUUUACAGAAGCAAGUUGCGAACCGUGAGAGGACUCAACAAAAGGUAUGUCAUUUCUACGUCUUACUCCCUUCAAAACCAAUAGCAUUUUGUGUCAAAACUAGUUGUAAGGUUAAGAAGCUGAGAAAAAGAUUAGAUGUGAUUGCAGCCCAGAUGGGUGCAUUUGAUCUUGUGAAAGAACUCCAUGAUAGGCCUUUUGUGCACAAAGAAAGGGAGAUUAGUGACUCCCUUGUGCAAGCCUCUGGUAUUAUUGGUAGAGUUAAUGAUAGAGAGGAGAUUGUACUAAAGCAUUUGACUUGCUUAGAUGAUGAUCAAGAACAUGUGGCUGUUCUUCCCAUAGUUGGAAUUGGGGGUCUUGGGAAAAGUACUCUGGCACAAAUUGUAUUCACGGAUCAACGGGUAGUUGUCCACUUUGAAAGAAGGAUGAUGGUGAACGUGUCGGAUGACUUUGAUCUAACAACAAUUAUCAAAUAUAUGAUUAUAUCUAUGACUGGUGAAUAUUGUGAUUAUUUAGAUAUCAAGCAAUUGCAAACUCGUUUGAAAAUAUUGCUGACAGGUAAGAGAUUUCUGCUCAUCCUUGAUGAUGUGCGGGAUCACCAUCCUGCAAAGUGGAAUGAGUUGAAACAAUUGUUAAUGGGUGGUGGUAGAGGAAGUAAGAUAAUCAUCACCACUCGUAGCCGAGAAGUUGCCUCACUAAUGGGCACUGUUUCACCAUUCUACUUACAAGGUCUUUCUCCCGAUGAAUGUCUGUCCCUGUUUAAAAAAUGUGCUUUUGAUAAAGGGCAAGAGGAAUCGCAUCCAAAUCUUGUAGAAAUUGGGGAAGAAAUUGUAAAAAAAUGCAGGGGAGUUCCACUUUUCGUAAGAAGCUUAGGAUGCUCCCUUUAUAAAACAACUAAUGAGAGUGAUUGGUUGUUCGUAAGAGAGAGUAAGAUAUGGAAUGAAGAGCGUAAGGAAAAUGAGAUUGGAGCAGCAUUGAAAUUAAGUUUUUCUCUCUUACCGUCUUGUUUAAAACCUUGCUUAGCUUUUUGUUCAAUUAUUCCAAAAGGAGAUACAUUCAGUAGUUAUUUUCUGAUCCAUUCUUGGAUGGCUAAUGAUCUCAUUCUUGUACCGUCAAAUGAUGAUCAUAAAGAGUUGGAAGACAUGGGUAUGCAAUAUUUGAAGGAACUGGUGUUCCGAUCAUUCAUUUAUAUUGGCAAUUUCUACCUUUCUUCCUCUCUUUCCCUUCGGAUGCCAGAUGCCAUUCAUGACCUUGUACGACAAGUGGCACAGAGCGAGCACUUAAGGGUAAGCUCCAUGGCCGAAAAUGUUUCUGGAAAUGUUCGACAUUUGUCUCUCCAUUUAACCCCUAAUAUGAUCAGCCAACAACCUCCAGAAUCCCUGAAGAAAAUGAGAAAUGUUCGCUCCAUGCAUUUGUUUCCCUCAGAUGCAAAGGCAAGGCAGAAUCGUGUAGUACUGCUUGCUACCAAAUCUGUUUUAGAGAUGUGCAUAUCCAGGUUUCAGCAUCUGCGGCUUCUAGUGUUAUUUGGUUCCUCUUUUGAAAAGUUGCCAAACGCCAUCGGUACCCUUAAACAUAUGAGAUAUCUCAACAUCAACGGAAAUAGGAGACUCAAGGGAAUCCCUGCAUCUAUAUGUAGGCUUCAGAGUUUGCAGAGUCUUGACCUCGGGAUGUGUCUGCGACUCAAAACGUUGCCUGAUAAUAUGGGAAACCUGGUCAGCAUUCGAAGUUUGGUGAUUACCACACAGCAGAUGCUUUUGCCAGCAGAGAAUGGGAUAGAAUGCUUAAGUUCACUUCGAAGUUUGCAGAUCUUUUCCUGUUUCAAUCUAAAAAACUUGUUUAAAGGGGUAGAUCGUCUUGAAAACCUUCGCGAAUUGGUUAUUGAUGGAUGCCCAUCCCUAACGUCACUGCCCUGCAGCAUGAAAUACUUGAGGGUAUUAGAGGUGCUAGUGGUCUCCAACUGUGCCAAACUCGCUCUUGAUUUGACAAGGGAGGAAGGCAAAGAUGGGAGUACUGGAAAUUGUGGUCUCUUAAGCUUAAGGACUUUAGCGAUUCAAGCAUUGCCAGAGUUGAAAUCAUUCCCUCCAUGGCUUCUGCAAGGUUCUGCUAACACUUUACGGGAGUUGGCCAUUGUCUCUUGUCCAGAACUAAUGGCUCUGCCAGAUGAGCUGCAAAAUCUCUCAUCUCUUCAAAAGCUUCAACUUUCGGAUUGCCCGAAAUUGAAGUCUCUGCCUGCAGGGAUGCAAAACUUGUCUUCUCUUAAGGAGUUCAUCAUUCUUCUAUGCCCUGAGUUAAGCAGCAGAUGCCGUCCUCCCUUUGGAGGCCAAGACUGGCCCAAGAUUGCACAUGUCCCUGACUUUUAUCUCGAUGGGUUCAAGGUGAAUCCUUCAUCCAAUAAUUAGGUAAGAGCCAAUUAAUUCUUUUAUACCCUGAUUUAGUAGAAGAAGCCCUGAAUAACUUUCUUCUCAACCAAUAACUAGAUAAAUCAUCUUUUAUUUGUUCGAUAUGAUUUUUUAAUCAUUGAAUGGAUUGGUUCAGAAGAAUGUUGUUCAUUUUUCGAAGGUCACAUGUUUGUGUUUGUUGGAUUACCCAAUGGUGUAGUGCCAUCCGGGUAAUUAAAGAACAGAGAAAGGAAA